GCAGCCAUGAAUAUUGCUUUGAGUGCUUCUUUUUGGAAUGGGGCCUCUUUCUUUAAAAGUUUUUGCUCCUUUAGUCAAAGUGUUGCGAAUUGUUGAUGGGAAUAGAAAGCCAUCAAUGAGCUUUGUGUAUGGAGAGCUAAUUAGUGCUAAAGAGGAGAUUAAAAGGGUAUUCAAAGAUCAAGAAGCUCAUUAUCGCCCAAUUCUUGACAUUGUUGAUGUGAAAGCCCAUGAUCGACUUGAUGGUCCAUUGCAUAUAGCGGCCUACCUCUUGAAUCCUUACUACACAUAUGCCAAUCCAAGCCUUGAAAAUGAUGAGGUGGUCAUGGAUGGACUUUUUACUUGUGUUGAGAAAUUAUUUCCCGACAUCCAAACUCAAAAUUUGGUGAUAAAUAUAGAGUUGCAUAAGUAUUUGAAGAAAGAGGGUCUAUUUGGAAGAAAUGUGGCUAAGGAGGGAUGCAAGCAAAAUGAUGAUGCAUACGAUCCGGUUGGAUGGUGGAACCUUUAUGGAAACAAUGUGCAAACCUUGCAAAAAAUGGCAAAAAGGAUCCUUGCAUUGACCACAAGUUCAUCGGGAUGUGAAAGAAAUUGGAGUGCUUUUGAGGGGAUCCAUACAAAGAAAAGGAAUAGACUAGAUACAACAAGAUUAAAUAAUUUGGUCUAUGUCCAAUUUAAUGCAAGAAUUCUUAACAAGAAGAGAAGAGAGAAAGAGAAGAAUGUGGAUGUACUAAUUGCUAGUGAAGCUACUAUGGCACAAGGAUGGAUUGUUGAUGGUGGUGAUGAUGAUGUUGUUACGGAUCUUCCUAAUGAAAGGGUUGGAGAGGAAUCGGGAGUGGAUGGUGGCUUAGAGCCUAGGAGAGAUCCUAGAAUCCAAGAAAUUAGGGAACUUGAUGAGGAUGAUUUUAUAUCCGAUGAUGAAAAGGAAAUAGAUGACGUGAGUUUUGAUUUUGAGUCGGAUUCGGAGGGAGUACAAGAUGGAUAUGGAGAAGAAGAAUUUGAGGCAUAG